AUGGUCUCAAAUUCGCCCUUUCGACCAUCUCCCCUCUCCUUCGGUUCUCCUCGAGCUUCGCCGUUUCGUCGACCUUCGACACCCAAUUCCCCCCCCACGCUCCGUCAAACCACCCCCGGCAGCUCCCCGAGCCGAGGAUAUACCCCCGUCCAGUCCCCCAGCAAACUGAAUCAGACCUAUACAGUUGCCGAGGAUGACGACGCUUCGCUGAAGAACCAUGAUCCCAUCCCGCAGCCUAGAUUCACAAGGGAAGUACCACCGUCGCCUACCAAGGGCGCGAAUUCCCCGGACUCAUCUUCAAUCAUGGAAGCCAAGACCGCCAGCUUGAUGGCGGCUUCGAGCGACGCCGCAGCCCAGUUGACGCCUGUACAGCUGAGAGAGAUCAGAGAGGCAUUUCAGGUCUUGGACAGAGACAACGACGGUUCUGUGGACAAGGAUGACGUCGCCGAUGUCCUUAUCAACAUCGGCCAGGAUGCCUCUAUCAUUUCCCAGUUCUUCCCUCCCGGUGCCUCUCAAACGAUCAACUUCCCUACCUUUCUCAACAUCCUAUCGAGUCUCCUCGCCCCUCUGUCCGCUCGUCAGGAGUUGACUAAUGCUUUGGCUGCCUUUGACGACGAUGAUAGCGGUCAGAUCGACGUUGCGGAGCUCCGCGACGCCCUCAUGCACACAGCAGCGGACGAUGGACUGUCUCCGCUGACGGAAAGAGAUAUCAAUGAGGUACUAAAUGGGUUUACCGGGCGCAGAGUGUUCGGUGGGAAGGGCGGGAAGCUUCCAGGAGGAGGAAAGAGAGGAGAGGUGUUUCGCUAUCAAGAAUUUGUGGAUAACGCUUUAGGAGGGCCGACUGGUGGGCGGCGGGAUCCUGAUGCCCCCCGAUGA